AUGGAUCCGGAGGAAUCGGACCCAGGUUUCUACAGCGCUGAUGCGAUUGGAGAUACCAGUAAUCUAGAAUGGCUGGACGAGUUACAUGCUCUGGGUUCGAAUCCCAGUGCACCUGGGGCGACUAAAUCAUUUUUCACAGGCGUGGGCUUUUAUUGGGACUAUGGUGAAAUACACGUCUCUCCUGGCGAGGAUCCAAAUCUCCCCAUCGACCGCAUCCACGACUUUGCGAACAACCGUACGGGAAAGCCCGAGGCUGUAUUUACAGUGUACUUUGAUUGGGCAGACAAUGUCAAGAAAAAUGUUUUCCCUGUGCAUCGGGCCUGUUACGAGGAAUUACUCCAUAGAUGCCUUAAACAGCACGAGGAUGAUAAGGCUGUAAACAGAGAUAUCCUCUGUAGUGUCUUUGAGGAUCUGAAUUGUGCACCUUGGGUUAGAUUGGGUUUGGAUUAUGGUAGUCCGAGUCCAGAGCCAGGACAGGUCUGGAGGCCUAGAAGAUAUGAAGAGGCUUUGGUGGUGGAUCCAGUUCGAAUCGAGCAGCUACGUACCCGUCUUGACUUGAUUCAAGACCUCUUGGGUGAUACACAGCCUGAAGCUCAAAGCAGUCCUAAAGAGGACAUAUUUAACAGGCUACCGUAUGAAUUACGAAACGAAAUAUUCAACCUCCUUCCUAGCGGCUCUAUACUCGCUCUUAAAGCCGCGUCAUGGUCGAUGCAUACCACUGCACUUCCAGACAAUAUUUGGAAAGAAAAACUAAGAAAUGAGAUGCCGUGGUUCUGGGAAGUCCGAGAUAUUAUCCCGUUUAAAUCUCAAAGGUUGGAGUCUGGAUUAUCUAAAAUUCUUAUGGAUGUUGCAGAGAAGAGUCAGCAUACGGAUGUAGGAUAUGACCCUAUUCCGGGCCUUGUCAACCGGAGGAGGAUCUGGGGGGUUUGUGAGCAGAUCAGAGGAUUGUAUUUGAAGAAAAUGGAGGAGGUUGAGUUACUUACGGCUAUGGGCUGA